AUGCUCUCUAACCCUCCACUUGCUGCCCUUUGCGACCUAGAUACAUCUAAAACAUGUCGUGCCCUCAGCUUCAAACCCGAGAUCAUCUCAACAGAGCCAACCCUCUCAUUCAUCACCACACCCACCCUUCCCCCUUUCUCGAUCCUCUCCUCCCUAUCCCGGGACUUCCUGGGCCUGCGGAAUAUCUCACGCGUCUUCCGAGACCCGUUCUCUACCUCCGCGCACGCUGUCACCAUCGAGCUCCUGGGAGUUGGCCGCCCAACUUCCGCCUACCUGGUUGUGGAAUCCCGAUCUUCCAGGGUGCAACCAGUCAAACGAGCAGUUCUACCGUGGCGUUCUCAGAAAUCUGACAGCCGCAGCCGCGAUGUGGUAGAUCAGACCCUGUCGGGCGGCGAGCCUUCGCCUUCCGACGUUCCUGCGAGCACCAACGACAAGCAACCUGCCGAAGGGGACGCGGGGGAGACCAACCAUAUCACAACAACGUCCACAGCGCAAACCACAUCUGAUCAACAAAACGAGACGAGAGACACAUUAGGUCCUUCAGCCGACACGUUGGGUGACAAGGAUGCCGGAAGUUUUUCGAUGGAUUCUCCAAAGCAAAGCGCCGGGCUGGUCGCUUCGAGGGCCCUCGAACUGAACGGAUUAACUUCCGCAUCGGACGGUGGGGACGAGACAGCUUCACUAGGUGGUUCGGAGUCGGAUGCUAGCCGUACAGAUGGUCGCCAUCACACGCGCACUGGGUCGGUAAAGAAGCCAACAUCUUUUAAGCCGGUUUCAUUUGCGAAGUUCUCGGUGCCGAAAGCACCAGGGACCGCCGCACCGCCCAAGGCGCCUGAGAAAGGUAUUUCUUUGCUUGCUGGAUUCCACUUUGGGUAUAUUUCUGAUAUGCAAAAAUCAGUGCCAUCAAUUCCUACGACUCCCAUGGGUACUCCGCAACCUACUGCGCGGCCACGCUUAGUUCCGAAAUCCACGUCUGCAAUGCGGGAUUCGUUGUCAAAGACGGGUCCAGGCGGCGCGAAGCUUGGUGGAUCAGGUCCGGAUCCGAACCAAGUCUGGAAUAAGAAUCGACCUGUUCAGCCGGUACCCCCAAAGCACUUGACGGACGAGGAGCUGAAACAGCAGUAUGGAAUCCAUAUGACAUCUCGAAUUCAAGAAGACGGCGUGGGUGGAUCUGAGGCCAAAUGGGCCGAUAUUGACGAUGAUGAGGACGACUGGGCUCCGGAGACAAUUGAAUGGACGGACGGUACCAAGGUCACUCUCGGUCAACACAACGAACCACAACCACUUCCCGAAGCACAUGAGCCAGAAUCACGAGAAGCGCUAAUUACAGAGCCGACCGCGGUGCGAGAUAUUUCGAAGAUUGCUGCUCCGAAGCCAACUACGUCCGUCGGGCCAAACCCGACUGUACUUAGGCUCGGAGCCAAUGCGGAGCGGCAGGCAAAGGCCGCAAGCAUUUCGUCCAAAGGAACAAAUGACAGGACUGCGUCUGGCUCUACGAGCCCGGCACCUCCAAGCAAGUCACCCUGGGCUACUUUACCUCCAGUCGAGAGAGUUUCGCCUGUGAAUCAUCCUGGCAAUGUUCCUUCCACGCGUCCUCCAGUUCACCAUCCUCAACCUCAUCGUGAUGACGCUCGCUAUGCCUCCUUGCCUCCGCAAGAGAUCGCCACGGACGAUUUCAAUCGCACUUGGCGAGAAACUGCUCCAAAUGCGCCUCGCGAGUUGUACAACUCUCGGUCUGGUCGUUAUGAGCCGGUAGCGGAUAACAGAAGGCCAUCGUAUCGACAAGAUCAAGGCCCUCGGGCUCCUAAUGUGUUGCAGCGACCUGGCCAUGAAGCUCAUGGGCCGGCUGAACCUUCUGCGGCAUUCCAGACUCAACGAACAAGUCAUGAUGGCGGCAUAGGCUGGAACCGUCACCGCGCAGGGUCCAAUGUCAGUGGAGGAAGCGGAGGAUUUGACCGCCGGAUGUCUUUCGGUCGAGCAGAUGGGCCUCCGAGGUAUGAAGGCCGACGGGGCUCACAGGUCAAUGGCUUGGUAGAUCCGGCAUUAAUGGGCGGACAUGCUCAUCCUCACGCCCAUGGCCACGCCCAUGAGUCUCCUUCGCUGCAGCACGCUACGCCUAGUUGGGGUCCGCAGCCGCCUGCGCAUGUGGAUGAAGUUCAGCCGGUUGAGCAGCAACCAGCACCGGCAGCUGCGUCGGAAGUGCCACAAGAGGAUCCUCUUGUCGUGCAGGAGCGUAUUAUGAAGGAGAAGCGACUUGAGGCUAGACAACGUCGUCUGCAGCAAGAGGAGAAAGAGAAGGCAGAGAGGGACGAGCGGAUUCGCCAAAAGCUCGCAGCUUUGGGUCCGGCGCCGGACAAACAACGCAAGAACAGCAUUGAAAGCCGUAAAGCCCAGACGCCCACUGCACCACCUCCAGCCACGAUCAGCUCUCCUCCUAAGCCACCCGUUCCUGAGCCCACUGGAGCGCCCAAGCAGUACGGGAUGAUGAAAGUUCAUCAUCCCGAUAGCGUCAAGAGACUUGUUGCCGCACAUGAGAGGGAUCGCGCAGCUGAGAAACCACACACGGAGAAGACAUCUCCUCGCACGCGUCGCGCCCCUUCGCCUAAUCGCGACGCGAAACAUGAACAAGUUCCUCCGGAUAAUUUGAGCCAGCAAACUGACGCGAGUCCACAACAAGGCUCGAAGACUGAUGAGCACGGCGCCCAGUGGCGUGGAAAUUUGAACGUCUCGGGCUCAACUUACUCUCCUUGGUCCACUAACCCCAACAUGGCAUCAACAUCGCCAUCUGUCAAAAACCCGUGGAAGCCUCUGAUAAGUGACAGAACAUUGGGCAACGGGAUUUUUGAUCAGAGCCUCGGCGGGUUCACUUCGCGUGAAGUUCCUCUGCGGGGCCAGUUGGGUCUCGACCAAAGCAUCAUGCCUCCUCAAGCACUUUCAGGUCCACCAGAGGCUACCUCGGUCUCUCCGCUCCCUUCACCCGACACACGAAACGCGUCUUUUGGUCCUCUUAAUCCUAUCGGCCGUCCUGGUCCUAUUGGGCCUCCGAGUUCACAAGCCUCCCAGUGGCAACCUGAAUCUCGCACCCCUGGUGGAUUGGGCGCGUGGAACAGCUUCCACAAGAUCACAGCUCAGCGUGAACACGAAGAGGCUGAAAAAUACCGUAAGGAAUUCAAUGUCAACCGCGAGGCUCGCGCAGCCGGCCCUCCUGUCACCCUCAAAGAGACAUGGUCUCAAGUGCGGCCCGAGAGCGAUGCUGGUCAACGCCGUGUCGUCAAGGUCUCGAAGGCGGUCGUUAACAAGAACGCCUCGCCUUCCAAUCCCUUGACUGGUCUUGAUGCCCCGCCCGAUGGCCUUCCAGGGUUCUCCGAUACACACGCCCGUCCCCUUGUUAGCAUGCCUGCUCGCAGCUCGCGAUUCUUCCCUCAUGUAACGGAACAAGCGAAACGACCUGUUGAGAAGGUUGAAUAUCAACAACGGAGCCCGUCACCUCCACCUCCGGAGGAGAUCUUCAGUCACCCUGUCUACUUCGGCGGCGAGGGUCGGCCAUUAGUCCACCUGCCGAACCCCAAGCCUGUGGUCAAACUGCCACCUAAGGCUUUGGCCGCUCAAGCUGCGCAAGUUGCACCUGCUGCGCCUGCUGUUCCUCCCACGUUCGCGUCCAUGGCAGCAGCAGCCCCGCGAGCUCCAGUGCCGGCGUCGACCGCGAUGUCUUGGCAGGAGAAGAUUAAUGGACUCUUCGGCAAGAAGACCCCGGUCGAGAAGAAGAGCGCUUUGGCUGUUGCAUCUGCGACGAAGGAGCCUUUGGACGUUCAGUUGCCCGCCGCGGCAGUUCCCGUAUCUUUUCCUAGCACCGAGCUGGCUUAUCCUUCAGGAGACGGUGAUCUCGCGGUCCGACAAGUUGACGAACAGGAUGAUAUCUUCGAGGACCGUGAACCAGGCUCUCUUCCCGGUGUCCGUGUCCCCAUGAUGGCACCCCCAGCGGCAUGGCUCGCCGCACCAGCUCCUUCCCAAUCUCGACUGCGCGCAAAGAAUUUGAAAACGAUGCAGAUCCACAGCGUUGAACCCUUCUGGAUUGGAUUCGGUGACAAAGAUCACGCCGGUAACAUUCAAGCCUCGAUCCGGCUUCCCGGUUCACUUCUUUGGAAGACUAUUACUCUUCCAAAGAAGGCCGGCGCCGCAAGUGCGAUCUCGAAGCCGCAGCAGCGCACCACCCCCAAUUUCAAGGCUCGCAAGGGAUCCAAACCCCGCGAAGUCACUGCAGCCACUGUGCCUAAGGAGGCCGCAAAGAAGUCCUCUGCAUCUCAGCAGGGCAGCGCGCCUUCAUCAUCGCCUCGGCACAACCAGUCCCGGGCUGCAUCAUGGGGUCCACGCCAGGGCUCUCGUUAA